CUCAUUAUCUCCGGCAACUGUGAUCACUCACAUCUCGUUGUCCAGCGUGCCACUGCUUCAUCGCUACGCCGCCCAUCGCGUCUUCAUCCUCCGGGGAAUUGAUGACAUCGCAUCCACGAAUACGACAGCCUCCGCAAUCCCUGCUCCAUACAUGUGACUCGUGGGACGCUCAACUAUCAGACUUGACGGACUCCUCGUUCGAGCUGAUUGGCCACUGAGCUUUAACUGCGAUACCCCUCCUUCAUUUUCUUUUGUCCCCUUCGGCCGCAUUUGGAAGACACUGAACAAGGACGGCCAGCAUGGAUACUUUACUCACCGCCGAGAUCUACGCGAAUUCGCCCAGAUUCCGUCGGAGGUCAAGCACCUUCGUAGAUGCCAUCCAUGACUUACCAGAAAAGGAAGAGAUGGCCCCGGCCCAGUUGUACAGCACUGAGUCCGGCAGGCUGUUUCACUCAGGUCGUAUCGUGAUUGCUACCGUCGGUUUACCAGCACGAGGCAAAACCCACAUCUCCGUGGCAGUGGCACGUUACCUCCGAUGGCUUGGAGUCAAAACUCACGUGUUCCAUCUUGGCGACUACCGUAGAGCAACUCUAGGUCCCGGAAAGGAUGUGCCAGAUGAUUAUUUCUUCCUGAAUGCCUCUCCGCAAUCCGUCCUUCUGCGGAACAAGAUCCUGAAGAAGUGCCGUGAGGACAUCUACCACUUCCUGGAGCAUGAAAACGGUCAAGUCGCUAUCUACGAUGCAGUCAACGCCAUCAGUAACGGACGGAAGUCUCUCGCGAAGGAGUUUGCGAAGCACAACGUGCAGACGCUGUUCAUCGAAUCGCACUGCACCGAUGAGCGCAUCAUCCAAGAAAACGUCCGGAACGUCAAGAUCUCAUCACCCGACUACCAGGGCUGGUCAGAUGAGGACGCCAUCGCAGACUACCUAGCUCGAAUCAACUCGAGGAUACCGCAUUUCGAGACUAUGGAAGAGCCGGAGCUUCAUUGGAUCAAAAUGAUCAACGCCGGUGAGAGGGUCGUCGUCAACAACUGCGCUUUCGGGUAUCUGUCCCAACGCAUCGUGUUCUAUCUCCUCAAUCUCCACAUCAAAUCCCGACAAACCUACUUUGCCCGUGCUGGAACUACUAGAGAGGAGGACUCGUAUAAAGCCGAUGCUUCUCUUUCCACGGAGGGACUGGAUUACGCUAAAAAGAUGAGCGACACGCUCUUGAAACACAGGGAGCAAGAGAGAGAAUCCAUCAUAGCUCAAGGUGGUCCUGACAAUCAACUGAAGCCUCUCACCGUGUGGACCUCCACUCGUCGCCGAACCGUAGAGACCUCGAACUACCUCGCCGAAAAGGGCUAUCGCGUCAGGCAGCGAUCACAAAUGAGCCAGAUGAACCCCGGUGUAUGCGAAAAGAUGUCAGAGCGCAGGAUUCGCGAGGAAUAUCCUCAGGAAGUCACCAAGCACGAGGCCGACCCUUACCACCACAGAUACCCACGGGCUGAGUCCUACCACGACCUCGCCGUCCGUAUGGAACCCAUCAUCCUCGAGCUCGAACGUGAGCAGAACGACCUCCUCAUCAUCGCCCACGAAUCCGUCCUCCGCGUCCUCUACGGCUACCUCAUGGCCUGCAACGCCGCUGAUAUCCCGAAGCUCGAAUUCCCUCGAGACGAAAUCAUCGAAAUCAUCCCCUCUAGCUACAACAAUGUGGCGAAGCGCAUUCAUAUCCCGGAUCUUCCAGAUCGUAUCAUCCCGGGUAGCCCUGAGGAUCUCAAAAUGCCAGUGCCGCCCUCUGGGACGGUCUCGCCGUUCUCAGGGUUGGGCACGCCGUCCGGGACUAUGACUCCGGCUGGGGUUGCCCAGCCGUUGACGUUGAGAAAGACACACAUUAACCCUUCAGAGUAAGUUCAGGUUGGUGACGGAUUAUGCCUUGUGGGUUUUAAGGUUGGCGUUUGCUUCUUGGUAAUAUUACAUCCCGUCUGUUGGGAACUGUUCCAGGUAGGAUAAUAGGUAACGGGGCGCUGAUUCGGGC